AUGCGUGUCGCACUCUUUGCCCUGCCUUUUGUUCUCGCUGUGGUUAAUGCCAAUGCCAUGGAGGAGAGAGAUAUUAGCUCUGAUGUCACUAAUGGAGCUAGCGAUGCUGGAUCAGUCGGUGGUGCUAUUUACACCAAAGUCACCGACAUUGGUGGAGAGGCAGUUACUCUUGUUAGCGAAGCUGGACAUGGAGUGUACACCCUCGCUUCAGACGGCUUCGGUACGGUAACCUCGAUCGCGGGACAUGCGUUUAACAUUGCUACAGACGCCGGACAUGCUUUCCAUGACGGCGCCAGUUCAGAAGCUCAUGGCGAAGAAACACCGACGGAAUCCCCCAACAGCGGAGCAUCUCUUCGGCCUUGGACCAUCUCUGUCCCCGUCGUCUCCGGCUUGGCAGCCCUUGCUGGUGGUGUCGCUGCUGGAGCCUGGAUUGUGCUAUAA